AUGGCCGCGCCGCCAGACCCCCCUGCAGAGUAUGCGCAGACGUUUGAGCUACUGCUUGAGCUCCCGCCCCGGCCUCUGCUCCCGAAGAAUGUCAAAAAGCUUGGCCUUCCCGAUACCCCGGCGCCGUUGCGCAUUGCCGUGACGCCGCAAGAAACGCUCAGCGAUUUGCGCGCGACGAUCCACGACAGCCCCGAGGGGUACUGGCUCGGCGCUUUUUCUUUCUGCCGGCCUGGCGACAAGACGCGCGCCGUGGACGAGUGGGUGGAGCUGUCCGAAAUCUUUGCCGAGCCCGAGGAGCGCACCUUGUGCGUUACACACGUGCCGUACAACGAGACGGAAGCACGCGCGCAUAUCCAGCGCCUGCGCGACCUGCUCACCGGCGGCCAAGCCGAUCCCAGUGCCCUCACGCUUGAUGCAGGCAUUUCCGUCCAGGACGCGGUGGUGCAUCCCGAGGCGUGGGCGCCGGACGAGCCAAGCACUGCUACAUGGCAUGGAUGGCCGCCGGAAGAAACGUGUGCGCUGCUGCCUGCGGCCGCGCGCAAGGCGCGUGUGCUGCCGCGCUGUGUGCGCACGAUGGCACUUAGCGCGUGGAAUCCGCCGCCGCAGCCCCGCGUGCUGCAAGGCGACCUGCUCUAUCUCCACCUCGACACGCUCGAAGGCGAAUCGCUGCACAUGACUGCGAGCGUGCGCGGCUUUUUUGUGAACCGCAGCACGGGCCGGCGCUUUGAUCCGCGUUUGCGCGAAGGCGCACCGGUCUCUGCAUCGCUGUUUGACCUUCUCUACGCCACGAGCCCCCUCUUUUUGCAAAAUUUUGCGGCGCUCUUCAACGACCCCGUCUCCACGCGCGACUACUUUUCCGCACUGCCCGUGACAAACAUGCUUCCUUCUGCGCCAUGGCUUGCACGCGAGCCAAAACACGACGCGGACCUCAUGCGCUCCCAAACGGCGUUCUUGCUCACGGGCGCGACCUCCUCGGAUACGCUUGACUCCUCGCGCGACUGGAACGAGGAGCUGCAGUCUCUGCGCGAGCUUCCGCGCUCGACGCUGGCCGAGCGCUUGAUGCGCGAUCGUGCUUUGAACCGUUUGCAUGCAGAACUGACGCUCGCCGCGACGCGCGCAGUACCGAGGAUCGCUGCCGGCGGCGUCACGCCCAUGAAUCCCAGCGAUGAGCCCGAGACGCACAUGUACCUGUUCAACAACCUGUUCAUCUCCAAAGGCCUGGACGGUGUGCACGUGUAUGACAGUGCGGGCGGCGACGAAGCGGCGCAUGUUGCGGUGAGCAAAGAUGUACAAGGCGUUCGGAUGGUCAGCGCCGCGGAUCCCCAAGGUAUUUCUCUUCUUGGCACCAUCGUGGUCGAUUGGCUUGGCGAGCGUUGGGUGGUGCAGAGCAUCGUCCCCGGCCUCUUUCGCAGCGUGCCCGAGCAGCACGCUUCAGAAGAGACGGCUGCUGCUGCGGUGGCCUACGGCGGCGUCGAAGGCCCCGAGACGAUCCACACGGACCCCGCCUUUGCUUCGUUGCUAGCGCCCCUUGCACAGCGUCUGCAUCUUGCCCAGCACACGGUCCAGGACGCGCAUGGCAAGGAGCACUCGCUGGCCAUGAGCGUCGACACGAAAGGGCUGCGCGGCGCCGACGGCCGCAAGUAUCUUUUGGAUCUUUCACGCACAUGCCCUCUCGAUGCUGCUUGGCUCGAGCACGACAUGGACAGCGCCGUGCUGGAGGGCAGCGCCGCGCCGCACUAUCCCCACCGCAUCGUUUUGCUGCGCCCCGAGCUUGUCGAGCAGUUCUGGCAGCACCGCCUGCAUGUAUACGCGCGCGAAAAACUCGAGAAGCAAGGCAUCGAAGCGACGCCAGAGACGCGCGUCGACGUUGCCGACUUUGACCUGGCACUGAAUCCAGAUGCACUUGUUGCGUACAAGGUCCAGGGCGCCCAAGUCGUCCCAAACAAGGACCUCGGCGACCCCAGCGUCCAAGCCGUGCUCGAUGCGGGUGCUUUUAUGCGCGACGUUACGAUCCCUCGCUUGGUUGCCGACGUCGCUGCGGGCGCUGCCACGGCGGCCGACGGAAUUGCAUUGUCGCAGCAAAUGCACGCGCGCGGUAUCAACAUGCGCUACUUGGGGCGCAUUGCGCACCUCUGCCAGCCGUCUUUUGACACUGACAGGGGCAGGGGCGCCGACGCACUCUUGCUUGCCUUCCGCCGCGUGGCGCUGCAAGAAAUGGUCGUGCGUGCGGCAAAGCACUGCUUGCGCGCACACUUGCGCGGCGUCGACAUUGCGCAUGCCGGCGCGUGCAUUGCGCACUUUGCCAACUGUCUCUUGUCGCACGCCACAAGCGCGGCACCGGCACAAGACAGCACCGCGUGCGCAUCGCUCAGCUCCGCGACGCUUGCCGAAGCGAUUCACCAACAGGUCCGCAUGCGCUUCCGCUUCGAGCUCCCUGCUACGUACUUGGCGCAGGAUGCGCGCAAGCCGCAGCUGCUGCGUGCGUUUGCGAUAUGCAUGGGCAUCCAACUCCGCCUGCGUGACUAUCUGCCCGCAUCUGCGUCUCCGACGCAAGGCACAAAGGAGCGUGCACAGCGCUUGCCGUUCCAGCCAGAAGACGUGCUGAAUGUGGUGCCGGUCGUGAAGAGCGCUGCAUCCAAGAGUGCGCUUGUCGAGGAAGCGUUCGAGGCGGGUCGGAUCGCCUUUACCCGUGGCGAGUGUGAGCUUGGUACGGAGCUCAUGCUCGAGGGCAUCGGGUUCCACGAACAGGUAUAUGGCCUUGUGCAUCCCGAAACUGCGCGGUGCUACGCGGCGUUUGCCUCGCUUGCCCACUCGUACGUGAUGGAGCGCGCGAGGCAGAAAGACACAGACAAAGAACAGCACGCAAAGGACUCUCCAGUCGCUGCCGAGUCCAUCACGCUCGAGGCUGCGCAGCGUUUCCAGCAGCAGGCCGUGACGAUUUCCGAGCGCACGCUUGGCCUCGACCACCCCGACACCAUGACCCAGUACAUGAACCUUGCCGUGAUCGAGCGUGCACUGGGGAAAGUCGAUCGUGCACUGCGCUACCAACACCGCGUUCUUGUGCUCUGGCAGCUGCUCUACGGUCGGGAUCAUCCCGAUAUGGUGCACACGCUUUCUUUUAUUGCACUGCUCGUCCAAGCACAGCGCGAGUUUAGCACCUCGCUACAAGUCUACCUACUGGCCUAUGAUCUCUCUGUCCGCCUGUUUGGAAAAGACAGUCUCUACACGGGCAAUAUGGCGCACGAACUGAGCCAGGCGCACACACUCGCCGGCGACCUCAAAGAGGCGAUCCGCGUGGAGAAGGAGGCGAGCCGCAUCUUUGAGUCGCACCUCGGCAGCGGCGAUGCACUGGCCCAAGAGUCGCACCGCUUCCUUUCCUCCCUCACAUCCUCUGCCGUGCGCUUGGCAAAGGUGAAGCAGGAACAAGCGAAACAGGGCGCGCCCGCCCAGGGCCUGCCCUCGGCGCGCGCGCGGCGCACGAAAUAG